AUGGAAGGUGUGGCAAAGAUUCCCAGUGAAAUAGGGAACUUGGGAUUUGAGAACACAAAAAAAAUUAUAAAGUGGUGGAUAGAUUUGAAUUUAGACCCGCAUAUGGAAUCGAAUAUAUUUACACAUCAUAAAACGCUGGAAUUGGCAGAAAAAAUCUCGCAACAGUCAAACACCCAGUUCUACAGGGAUAUGGAGGAUCGCAUAUCAUAUUAG